AUGAAUCACAGAAGGCUCGAGAAUGUUUCCAAGCCUUUCUUUGUGACUAAUUUCCCUCCUGAUGCAGACGUUAAGUCCUUAUGGGAGGAGUGUGAUAAGGUUGGGAAUGUGGUCGAUAUCUACAUUGCUAGGAAACUAUCAAAAAUUGGUAAGCGAUUCGCAUUCGUUCGAUUUAUCAAAGUUAAGGAUGAUUUAUUGUUAGAACAAAAACUAAGAGACAUUUGGAUGGGAUCAUACCACUUAUUUGCUUAUGUGGCUCGGUUUAGUCGAGAUGUUAGUAACACGGGAGGAUUGAAUAAAAAGGAGAAGGCUGUCUCACAUAACUCUGUUGAGUAUAAUGUUGUUAAGCAGGUGAAGAAGCUGAAUGUGCAUGCUGUUGCAAACUAUAGUUCGUAUGCCAAUGUCUUAAAGGGUCAGGGGGUUGAGAAAACUAAUAAUGGCCCAGUUCCUGAAUGUAUUUUAUAG